UACUAAGACAGUCUAAUACGGUUGAAAUCACAUCAUUGAAAAUAGUUAUUGCCAAUUACUACAUACCUAAAAGUAAUCGAAAUUUUCCCAUAUAAUAUACCCACUGCAUUUUUCCCUCGUUAAAAUAAAUAAAUACUCCAUAUAAAAAUUCCCACUCACAAACACACAACCAAAAGCAAACCUUCAAGAAAAACACACACACACACACACACACACACACUGAAAACAGAGGAAUGGGCGAGGAAGUGAAGAACAAGCAGGUGAUCCUCAACGAUUAUGUGAAGGCUUCUGUGAAAGAAUCCGAUAUGUCGCUCAGAACUUCCACAAUUCAGCUGAGAAUUCCGGCCGGCUGCGACGACGCCGUUUUGGUGAAGAAUCUCUACUUGUCGUGCGAUCCCUACAUGCUCGGUCGCAUGAAGAAACUCGAGGGCCACUAUGUUGAUUCUUUCAAACCAAAUUCUCCUAUUUCUGGAUAUGGAGUGUCGAAAGUAAUGGAUUCGUCUCAUCCAAACUACAAGAAGGGUGAUCUCGUUUGGGGCGCUACUGGCUGGGAGGAGUACAGCAUCAUUCGAGAUCAAAGCAGAUUGUUUGAAAUUCAAGAUAAAGAUUUGCCUCUCUCCUACUAUAUAGGGAUUCUUGGUAUGCCUGGCAUGACGGCUUAUGUUGGUUUCUUCGAGCUUUGCUCUCCCAAAAAGGGGGAAACUGUUUAUGUCUCCGCUGCAUCCGGAGCUGUUGGUCAGCUCGUUGGUCAGUUUGCAAAGUCGAUAGGGUGCUACGUUGUUGGGAGUGCCGGGAGCAAAGAAAAGGUCGAUCUCUUGAAGAACAAAUUCGGGUUUGACGAUGCAUUUAACUAUAAAGAAGAGCAAGACUACAAUGCAGCUUUGAAGAGGUACUUCCCCGAUGGCAUCGACAUCUACUUUGAGAACGUGGGAGGGAAGAUGCUCGAAGCAGUGCUAAACAACAUGAGGCUACACGGUCGUGUUGCUGUUUGUGGGAUGAUCUCUCAGUAUGGCCUCGAGCAGCCCGAAGGCGUGCACAACUUGUUUAACCUCAUAUCAAAACGGAUCCGAAUGCAAGGAUUUAUCGUUGGCGACUACUACCAUCUCUACCCGAAGUUCCUUGAGAUGGUUGUGCCGCAAAUCAAAGAAGGGAAGAUAACAUACGUCGAAGACAUAGCCGAAGGCCUUGAAAGCGCGCCUAGCGCUCUCGUUGGCCUAUUCUCCGGCCGUAAUGUGGGGAAGCAGGUGGUGGCUGUUGCUCGUGAGUAAGUCUCUGUUUGUCUGCAUUGAUCAGACUUGUUAAUUUUAUGGAUAGUAUAUUCUCAUUUUUAUGUGAAAAUGGAUAUACCUGCAUUCUAUAGUAUUAUUGUAAGACAAUAUCCUAUUCUAGUCUUUCUCAUAUAGCACAGGAAAUUAUAUCCAUACAUGUAAAAAUGUGAAAAUAAUAGUCAUUUACAGGAACUUUUUGUGUAACCAAAAUUUGUGUAAGAGUGUAAAUAAUAUUGUUAUAUGAAUUUACACGAAAAUUUUCAUAUA